CAAACGUGACAUCUCGUCUGAUUCAUCGCAUCUUGAAAUACCAUAAAGUUUUGUUUGUUUGUUUAUUUCUCCAUCUAGGCUAGUUCACCAUAUAUAAAUAGUGUGAAAUUUGUAGAAAUGUUUUCGGAUGAUCAACAGACUAUUUCUUUUGCUGAUGGUAGCAAAUACUAUCUCAAACCAGUGUUGGGGGCCUCUCCCAUUGAUUUAUUCAUGAAAAGCUGUGAUGUUUUCAAGGGAAAGUCGGUCGACGAAAAAGAUGUUGUUAUAACAAUUUGGAAAAUUGAUCUUCGAUCGUUACAUGACAAAUGUCUAAUAAGCUGUGACGUCAGAGGGUGUAAACUUAAUCAUGAUGCUGAAGAAAUUAUGGAAGAAUUCCAAAGACGUGUCAAAUUCCUCAUAGAAAAGGUUCAUCAUGUCAAUUUGAUGCCGUACACAAAUGUGGACUGCAACGUUUCGGAUGGAUAUUUUAAUGUGAAUUUAGUUCAGGAAUGUGUUGAAGGUGUAAGCAUAAAAAAGUUAUUCGAACAAGGCGUGGUGCCGAGUCUUCCACAGAUGGCCGAAAGCGUUUUAAAAGCAAUUUCUCAUUUGCAUAGCAUGGAUCCCAAACUCAAACAUAGUCGUAUUGAUGAGUGUUCCGUAUUUUUGGAUAAAUCGGGAGUUUAUCGAGCUGCCGAUUUCCAUUUAAUACCAUAUUUGAUGUAUUUAAAGGGUGCGGGAUUACAUCCAGCAGCAGCAGAUGAUUUGAAUGCCCUUGGAUUUCUAAUGGAAUAUGGAAAUAUAAAGACUCAGCGCUUGAUGAAAGAUUUCAUCUACAAAUGUUGCUCAGAAAAAGAGCAAUCGUGUUGGGAUUUAUUGUCACAUGAAUAUUUAACAAACGUACAUUCUGUUAAAUUUAAUCCAAUCUAUGACGGACCCUUUCUAAAGCAUUUCGACAUUGAAGGCUCAUUGGGCAGUGGAUCAUUCGGAAAUGUUAUCAAAGCAAAACACUCGAACGGCCAAGAUUCAUAUGCGUUGAAAUUGGUGGAAAUUCCAAAGGGAAGUGAAAUAAAAUGCGGAAAAGUGAAACGAGAAGUCGAACUCAUUUCACAGCUCAAUCAUGAAAAUGUUAUAAAAUAUGUACGGAGCUGGGAGCAAGAAGUCGAUUUAGCUGAAUUGGGAAUUAUUGAUGAAGAAUCUGAAUACUCUUACACACCUGAGCUAACAAACGAAUCGGACUCAUCGAUUAUUUCGAAUUCACCGCUCAGGAAUAUGAUGAUCAUUCAAAUGGAACUCUGUGACAUGACUCUCCGGGAUGCAAUGAAAAAUUGCCAUACUGCAAGGAAACGAAUACCUCAACAGUGGUUUAUUGACAUUGCUCAAGAUUUAGCUUAUCUCCAUUAUAACGAAAUCAUUCAUCGCGAUCUAAACCCAAAGAAUAUUCUAUUGGACUCUUCCGGACGCGUGAAAAUCGCGGAUUUUGGUUUAGCCAUCACAAUUGAGUUGGUAUUCAAACAGAAGCAAAAAAUAACCAUGAUCACCAGUAGCAGCAAUGAUAAUAGCUCACACACCGGACAUGUGGGCACAUCAUAUUAUGUAGCACCUGAGUUGAAGGCAAAAACUGCUUCAAAAUCAAACUAUGGGACGAAAUCGGCUCCGGUAUGCGACUCAUUUACGUCUAUGUAUUGUAUGCGUGAGUCUCCAUCGUUUGGCGCCAUCUGAAGACGCGAACAUGAAUUGUGUAUACGAACAUUUGAUGUUCGACAUGUAAAAACCAAUUUAAAUCAGAGAAUUGCGUACAAAAAAUUGAAAAAUAGAUAAAUGACGAUAUUAGAAAUAAAAUAAUUGCAUAUUCUUAAAAUAUUUUUUCAGAAAAUAAACAAAAUAAUACAUAUAUAAUACACAAUCAUUCUUUCAGAUUCUCCACGCGUUCAUUGCACCACUCUCCACUUUUACAUACACUUUCUCCAUGCGAUUUGACAUUUGUUUGUUUACGUUUUUGCAUCUGCUUGAUGUGUCAAAUCCAAGCGAUCAAACAAAACAAAUUUCAUAAUCAACAACACACAAACUUUUUUCAUUACACGUUUUUUUUGGGUAUCUUGUAAAAUAAUGGCACACACACGAUUCGAAAAAAACCCAGCAGAAAAGACUGUAAUGCGGGUUUAAAAUUGUUUACUGCAAGUGAGAUUCACAGGCCGAUUCCAAUAUCAUCGCCAAUUUAUUUCCAUUUUUUCUCUCGAUUCGUUGAAAAUCCAUUAAAUUCACACGGUUCUCACAUCGGCGAAUGGUUGGAAUUAGUUCCAAAGAUUUUAACCGAAUUCCCAACAAAAAACGUAUUUCAAAUCGAUCCAUCGAAUCUCUCAAGAUCUUGUUUUUAAUCAUUUUUUUCUUCUUCUUCUCUCUCUCUCUCACUCUUUUAUUUUUUCAACACCAUUCAACUCAAACUUUGCGGUACAAAUUUGUUGUGUCGAUGCGAAAAGAUAUUUUUUUUUCCGUUUCUGGCCAAUUUUCGAUUGGUUUACGUUUGCGAUUGUGUUAAAUUGAAAACGCAACGUAAUGAGAGAGAAAAAAGAAAUCGAAUCAAAAUGAGAAAAAAAUGAAAAAAAUAACACAGAAAAACACACACUCGACUGCUUGCAUUGAACCUUUUCGUCUAUUUUUUUUAUUUUAUUCGUGGUGUAGUGUUUAACUGUCAGUGCGUACCAUCUUCAAAUGUAUUUAUGCCAUACAUUUAUUCAUACGUUCGUUCGUAUACGUAUAAACGAUGCAGUAUUGUAUGUGGUUGUGGCUGGCCAAACCAAAACCGUUGUUUUGACAUAUGCAUAUUUCUCCACAGCUUGCCAUUCUAUCAAAACAACGGUUUUGGUUGUAGAUCGACUUAUUAGAUGGUGCUGUCAUCUGAUAAUCGCUAUUAUUACUCCUUUGAAUAGGUCUCUUGGACGAAAUCGGACAUCUACUCGCUCGGAAUGAUCUAUUUUGAGUUGAAACAUCCACCUUUCGGCACAGAUUCGGAACGACAUCAUGUUUUGACUGACGCUGGAAGUAAUGAAUUUCCAGAUUUCAUGCGAAAUCCAGAAAACAUUUCCAUAGCACGUAUUAUCAGAGAAAUGCUAGACCCUGACCCACAGAAGCGGCCGACUGCAAGCAAAGCUCAAUGGGAUUUGAAUAUGCUAUACUAUCUUACUCACCUAGAGGAUUUAUUAUAAUAAGUUGACGAUUGCCAUGCAUCUUUUUUCGAAGAUUUUUUAAACGAAAAAAAUGAAGGAAAAAUCGCGAUUUUGAAAGAAAUUUAGAAUUUAAAAUAAAAAUAAUGAACGGUAUCAGUUUCGUGUAUGAAA